CAGAAAUUUAAAUCAUGAAAUAUAUAUUUUGUAUGCUUUAAUUCGUGUUGUAUCCGUUGUAUGGCGUUUUGUCGCUUUGAACAGAUGCUACUUGCACUGAGUUUUCAUGUUGUUAAAUUGUGAUUCAAACACAUUUAGUAGCUUUUCUUACUUCUAAUUGUCCUUAUAAACAACAUAAUGCUGACAUCCACACAAAUAAUAAUAGCGUUAAAUAUCAUGAAACUAAUCAGCUAUGGAUUUACUUAUGAGCAAGAAUCGCCAAAGAUUCAGCCAUUUCAUUUUCCAUCAGAAGUAAAAAUGGGAAGUAAAAUUAGUAUUGGCUGUUUUGCACUUGGAAAAAAACCAUUAACAUUUAAUUGGUUAAAAAAUAAUCAAAAUGUAAAAGACAUCUCUGGAAUUCAUUUAAAAACAGACGAAGAGUUUUCUGUUUUAACAAUAGAGCCUGUUGAUUUAAAAAGUAUUGGCAAUUAUACAUGCUUAGUACAGAAUAGUAUAGGAGAAGAUAAAUUUACAGCUCAGCUUAGAGUUAAAAUUCCGCCUCAAUGGACGAAUGAUAUUAAAAUUUUAGAUGUAAUCAGAAAUAACAAUUUAACAAUUCAGUGUACAGCUGAUGGUCAUCCUUUGCCAACUGUAACCUUGAAACGAUUUACAGGUAGUGAGAGUUUGUUUUCUUUUAUGUAUUUGAAGUGCUUUAUAGAAUUUUAACUUAUAUUUUAACAAUUAUUAUUUAUUCUCUCAAAACAUUUCAAAUUUAGAAAACGAUUAUUCCACAAACAACGUUCAAAAAUCGGAAAAUGGUACAUUUUAUAUUACAAAUGUCGAUAUCAA